AUGGCCCCUUCUUUAAGUUUGCGACCUCGUACUGGCGCCAGUGAGCGUCCUCCCACCAGAGAUAAUGCCGACCACAGCCUCAUCAUCCCAAGCCGGACUUCGUCGCUUCACUCGAGAAUAACCCAACCGCUUCCGUCGACUCUCAACGUCAAGCAGGGCGCGAGGAGCCCAAAGACUCUUACUCAUGCCUACAUGGUGUGCGGUGUUGGACGGGAGCCGUCGCAAUGGGUAAAGGCGCCUGCACCAUCUCAGGGCAAGAUUGGGCACAUGAAGGGUGCAGUGGGUACCUUCUGGCUUCCUGAGAUCUUGGGCAGCAGCCCAAGAUUAGAGCAAGACAACGAUAUCGCGAGAUCUCUGCAUGCAGCUAUGCGAGCAUGUUUCCCUCACGACGUCGAGAUUUGCACUGGCAGGAGCCAGCCGCAUUGCGUACAUCACUCUUUUGUUCUGCAACAAGAUUCUUCACACACUCUUUACGGCAUUGCGCUGCGCGUCUGGUCUCGCGCUGAUGAGAAGAGGGCUGAGACCAUCCGGGACCUCCGCAAGCGAAUCGAGCCCGACUUUUUCGAUAACCCAGACGAGACAUACUGGAUUCCGUACUGCCUUAGUUUCCUCUCCCGAUACCCUUUGUACAACUUGCUCGGCGACUAUCUACGCGGUAUGUGGAUUCACUGGAACAAGGCUACGAAUCUGUUCCACGCCGAAGAGGUGUCCCGCAUCCUCAGCUUCCCCGCCCCUCGUCUGAACGACCUGGUUCGAAUCGACAUGAAGGACUAUGCGCUGUGCUACCAGUUCCCGUCCUCGCCUACUGGGUUCCAAAAUUUCGCCAUGUGGCCACUCUUCACGUGUCUGUCAAUCCCCAACAUCGUUGGUGUGAUAGAGGCUGCUGUGUCACCAACACGACGAAUCAUCUUCACUAGUCAUUACCCCGCGAUGCUCACGAUCGCAGCCGAGACUAUCCGCUUCUGCGUGAGGGUUUACGAGUGGAGCGGUCUGUACGUACCCGUCGUACAUGCGCGUCACGUCAAGGAUCUGGUCCAGGAGCCGGGCCCAUACAUUCUGGGUGUAACCUCAGAAUGCCGAUCGCUCUUUACAGCCCCUACAGAUGCCCUUGUCGUUGAUUUGGACCGCAAUUUCGUCCUGACCUCCAGCCCGCCGACUGCUCUUACGGCAGGCCAGAGGACCAAGAUGAUCCAACGUCUGACGCAGGCUCUGAAUGGCGAAGUGUCACCGACUGGUGUUCCACAGCAUCUGCGAUCAGCGUAUGGCGGUGGCAAGCUCAUUCCCGCGGGUCAGAUCAUCGUGAUGCGUGGCGAGGUUGAGAGCAUCCAGGAUCCCGACUGGUGGGCCCAAGACGCGGUUAUGUCUGUUAUGGAUCACGUCUGCGAGAAAUUGGGCCGCAACACUGGAGUCAAGGCCAUAUUUGGAGGCUCCGUCAAGAAACCAUUGAUGACUAAGGUGUCGAUGCGCCACUUGAACGAGAUCGUCCGCGAGCGCAACCAAUACUCGCGUGACGCACAAGAAGCCUGGACAGACUUCAUUAAUCUCAAGCAACGCUUGGACAGCGAGCUCGGUAAAGUUACUAAGAGAAACAACUUCUUGGUCGAGGAGCUUGAGAGCUGGAAACAGCAGUUCCUCAAGUUCCAGGCUUUCGCCGAGCAGCUCACCAAGGAAACCCAGGAUCUCAAGGUCAAAAUUGAGAACCACAAGCGCGAGAACCGCCGCCUCACCAGUCUCAUCGAUCAACAGAAGGACGAUGCCGCAAGGCUUACUGUCCGGCUGUCUGGUACUGAGAAGCAGCGUGAUGAUGCUCUCGAAGCGCUUGUGCUUCAACAAGAGAUCGCUGAGGAGCUCGAGCGUGAGAGGAAGAAGAACAAGAAGGAGCUUGCUGCACUGCAACACACUAACGGCGCCAUCAUGCGCCAAAGAGACGAAACGCAACGUGUUGUGCUUCACCUUCGUGCCCUCAUCGAGGGUCAAACCCACCACAUGGAGCACAUUGUCAAGUCGCUCAACCAAGACGACAUGUCAAAUUACAUGGAUGCUGGCUUUGAGGAUGUUCCUGAGGAGGACGAGGAUGAGUUUGAGGACGCUGAGACGCAGACUCAAACUCCGAGCCGCCGUUCUAUCAAGGACAAGUCUGAGGUUGGUACUAUCCGCGGCGUAGCCGGCGUUGAGAGCCGCCAGGAAUCAAGAGCGAGCACUGCACAAGGCAAGCAUCUCGACGGAGAGGACGUAACACCUGACAUGGAACAGCGCCUAUUCAACAACCCUGCACGCAACUCCAAGCGCUUCUCAAACCAGUCAAUGGUCGACGUUGCCGACCGUGUCCUUCGCGACAAGACCGACGCGAUUGCCUACAUCAUUCGCAACAUCUCAGAACAGUGUGCUGCAGCUGUAGAGGGCCUUCAGCUCGCCCAGCGUGCUGACACUGAAGACGAUAGCCACAGUGACCGUCGCAGCAGCGUCGGCCAGAUGUCUUCAGCUGGAGGUCGCGCGCAAUCAACGAUUGGCAGCGAGUACGGCGACGAGGACAACAUGCUUCGCCCCAACCGAGGCUCAAGCAUUCCCCCAACUCCCGAUCUAAGCCACAGGUCUAGCACCUCCAUGUCCAUGGCCAGCGCCAGCACAACACCAGACCGCCACAGCUUACAGCACCGAUCGCACGACAUUCCCGUCGUACCAACACGUAUCAUCGAAGAUGAUGAUGAUGUGGACGGCAACGAUGUCCACGCUGACAUGAUCCCCGUGUCCAAGUACGCGACACCACUCCAGCGACCCAACACUGCUGUACGCCACAACCUGCGAUAA